AUGGAUCCAAAUGAGCACUUCCCCGCCUCAUCGCGCACCACGCGCCAGAAGACGCCAAAUGACUCUACAUCCACUGCCUCCGUCACCUCUGCCUCAUCCGCCGCCCACUCUCCGCACGACAUGGCACCCCAGAAACCCGGUGCCCAACAUGCCGCGAAGCACGCGAAAGGCGCCACGCCUGCGAAGCCCGCGUCCAAGCUCGCCGAUGCCGACCGAGCUCCCCGGACUUCGAGCAAGGACAGCCUGAAGGCCAAGCAGCUCAGGAAACCCGACGAGCAGCCCAGGCCCGACAAAAACGAAGAGCUGCUCAAAGUCUUCAGGUCCGACCUCGACAGCCUCCGCUCUCUCGUGACCUGCAAAAUAUGCGACAGGCUCCUCUACGAGCCCUAUGUCAUCUCGUGCGGCCACACUUACUGUUACAGCUGUCUUUGCACGUGGUUCGUCAACAACAGGUCUCGGAAGACAUGCCCUGAUUGCAGAGCUGUGGUUGUCCAGCCGCCUGCACCCGCCUAUCUGAUCCGCGAGAUGACCCAAAUCUUCAUGAAUCGUGCUGAACUUCUCCCAGCUGGCGAGACCCAGGAUGACCACAAACAGUGGCAGAAGGAGGAGGCCGAUCUCGUCCUCCAAGACAAGAAUAACGAGGAUGUGCGGUCCGGCGGUCUUUUCAAAGGCUGCUUCCGCGUGCGCCCUGAGGCAGGAUUGCGCGCCAUCCGUGACGAGGAAGACGGUGUUGACCGCUGCCCGCUGUGUGCGUGGGAGCUCGAGGAUGGAGAGUGUGCACAGUGUGGCCUCCAGUUCGAUGACAAUGGCACAGUGACCUGGGAGAACAGCUUCGGCGGCUUCAGCGACAUGGACGAGACAUCGGAACAUGACAUGUCUGGCGAGGACCUGGACGGCGACCUUGAGCUUGAAGACAACGAGGCUGACCCUGAUUUUGACGGCUACGGCGAUGAACUAGAAGACUGGCAGGAUCAAUUCGACGAUGACCACUCAUACGCCGUCAGGAGAUGGCUCGCGAACGAGGCUCUCGCUCGCCCGCAACAACCUUUCGGUCUCGGUCCGGCACGCCGUCGCCCGGCUGCUCACAGUGCAGCUGGUAGUAGGCGACGGUCAUACAGUGCCAGCCUUGUUUCCGAGAUUCUGACCGAAGACACUGAGAUGGGCAACAUCGAGGAAGAAGACGAGGAAGAUGGAGAUUCUUCCAUGAACGACUUCAUUGACGAUGGAGAACCAGAGACUGCGUCUCAGAGCACGCGAUCGACUGAGGGCGAGGCCCGCACUCCACCAUCUAACAUGCGAGGCCGUCGCGCACGGCGUGUAGUCGAAUCAGAAUCUUCUUCCAGUGCCUCCCAUCAGGCAGAUGAGGACGAAGAUGACAACGAUGAGGGUCCCAUUGCGCCGGGAAGAAGGCGUCUACAGCAUCAUCUAUACCGGCCCCAGUUCCAGCCUAAUUUCCGGAGACGUCCAGUAGCCCCCUCUUCGUCGGCACCCGAGGAUGUUGAUGUUGAUCAGGAUCUUGAUGAAGAAGAUACGCAGGCUCUGCUGUACGAGGCCGGCUGGUCCCCACUUGGCCAUGAAGGCGAUGAGGAGGAAAUGGAAGAGGAUGAUGAUAGCGAUGGAGGAAGGACGACCGUUGGAUAG